UUUAGCAACUCGCUCGGCUGCUGGGACGGGUCCGCGCUGCCGCCAUGGGUGAUGAAAAGCCCGCCUGCAGGCUCGUGGCGGUGGAUGGCAACGGCACGCUGCUCGGGGCAGAUGGCAGCGUGAGCGAGGACACGCGGUCCGUGAUCCAGCGCCUCGAGGCGAAGGGCAUCCCGGUGGUCCUGGCCACGGCUCGGCCCUUCGAGAAGGCCAAGGCGACGCUGGCGAGCGCGGGCAUGGGACACUACGCGCUCACAGAGAACGGCGCUCGUGCCGUGAGGAUCUCCGACGGCUCAGCGGUCUGGGAGAGAUGGCUGGAGGGGCACCUCGUGGCUGGCGUGCUGCGGCGGGUGAAGGAGCAUUGGCCCGGCGCCCACCUGGCGCAGCUCACCUCCUGCGGGGGCCUGCUGGAGGAGGGCCACCCCUGGCUGAAGGAGCCGGACUCCAAAGAGGCCGCUGAGAAGAUCUUCAGGACAAAGGUUCCUGAUGUUGUGGAGGAGCUCGCCAAGGGUGGCAGCUGCGCAAAGACGUACGUGCACUUGCCCGAGGCGGCGGACUUCCCAGCUGCCAUGCAGGAGCUCCAGGGCUUGUUGGGUGAUGGCUGGGAGCUGCGAGAGAUCAAGCAGCUGCUGCCGAAGACGUUCAACACCUGCGAGGUGCAGAGCUGCUUGGUGAACAAGGCGGAGGGCCUCGCUCAGCUCUGCCAGACGAUCGGAGUGCCCAUGGAGAACGUGUGGGCCUUUGGCGAUGACGCCAACGACCGACGGAUGCUCUCUGAGGUGGGCUGGGGUGUGCGCAUGGCCAAUCACCUGCCGGCGCUGGGAGGCAUUGGCAAAGAUGUCACGGAGCUUACCAACGAGGAGGACGGCGUAGCAAAAUAUCUGGAGAAGCAUUUGCUGAACGGCGAGCCAGUGUCUUGAGACCGCAAAUGCUGGCCAAUUCAGUUGCGAUAGAAUAUGCCGUGCAUGAGGGGAGCAGUCGCCCAAAAUCCCGUGGC